UGGUCCCUGGUGGCCAACAGGAAGUAAACACUGCUGAGUGUGACGUUAUCACCAUGCCUGUGUGUUGCUCUUAAUUAACUCAUCCUUAUGGUCCAGUCAUGGCUCUACCACUAGUUAAGCUCCUCGCCUUAAUUUGUCUCAGCAGAAAGGUUGCUGGUCAUUACUGUGAGUGGGACCUGUGUGGCAGUGAGCAGUACUGUUGUGGGGACAAUAUCUGCUGUGAUUAUGUGUACAGCCUCUGGUACUUCUGGGUGGGUGUAGUGUUCUUGGUAUUGUUGCUGUCUGCUUGUGGCGGCCUCUUCCAGUACUAUUAUAGACGAUGGAGAAGUGAGGUGAGUGGACCUCCCUACAUCCCCUUCCCCGCCAGCCCGGUGUACACCUCACUUCCAUCCCACAUAUCCAGCCAGGAUCCUCUUUUUCAGGUAACAGCAGAUGGGUUGAAGCAGCCUGAUCUGUAGGUUCCAGUGGAAUGAAAUUGGUCUUCCCGGAUGAUCUCAGCUGUACCAUGUUUUAGCACCACUAACAAUGUAAACAUAAACUACUGUACCAUAGACCAUACACUACUGUACAGUAGACCAUACACUACUGUACAGUAGACCAUACACUACAGACCAUACACUACUUACUGUACGGUAGACCAUACACUACUGUACAGUAGACCAUACACUACUGUACAGUAGACCAUACACUACAGACCAUACACUACUUACUGUACGGUAGACCAUACACUACUGUACAGUAGACCAUACACUACUGUACAGUAGACCAUACACUACAGACCAUACACCAUACACAGUAUAGAUAGUUAGUAGUAAAGUGGUUAUCUGGUGUUAGGGGUAAAUGUAUUAGCAGGUGGGACACUUGGCCAGUCCCUUCCUUAUUACACUGUACUGUACUGAGGAAAAAACAUUAAUGAUAAGAGUUCUUUUGUAUAAGGUUUCAUUUUUCAGCUGAAAGAUGUAGGUGCAGCACAGUGCUGAUGUAAACAGUGUAGGGAUGGACAAAAUUGUAUUGUAUUUUAUGUAAAGAGAAGUACUGUAGAGUACAGUACUGUAGGUCCAGCGGUGAUCACUGCUAAACUUUGUAUUGGCUAUAAUCAACCCCAGCUUUUAUUAUUUCAUUAGUUAGGGCUGACAGAUGAACUAUGUAUAGUUAGGGCUGACAGAUGGACUAUGUAUAGUUAGGGAUGA